AUGAGCACUGCUGGAAAGGUUAUUAAAUGCAAAGCAGCUGUGCUAUGGGAACCGAAGAAACCCUUUUCCAUUGAGGAAAUAGAAGUUGCCCAACUAAAAGCUAAAGAAGUUCGCAUUCAGCUUUUGGCCACAGGAAUCUGUCGCACAGAUGACCACGUGAUCAAAGGACUAAUGGUGUCUAAGUUUCCAGUUAUUGUGGGUCAUGAAGCAACUGGGGUUGUGGAGAGCAUUGGAGAAGGAGUCACUACUGUGAAGCCAGAGACACUUGCUUCUUUUGAGAUCCUCUUGAAUGCCAAGCUCUUUCCUGUCACCCCUGGCUCCACUUGUGUUGUUUUUGGCCUGGGAGGAGUUGGCCUUGCGGUCAUCACGGGCUGUAAGUCAGCUGGUGCAUCCAGGAUCAUUGGAAUUGACAUCAACAAAGACAAAUUUGAAAAGGCCAUGGCUGUAGGAGCCACUGAGUGCAUCAGCCCCAAGGACUACACCAAACCUAUCAGUGAGGUGCUGUCAGAAAUGACAGUCAACACUGUGGGGUACACUUUUGAAGUAAUUGGGCAUCUUGAAACCAUGGUGAGAGAAAUUUAUGCAGUCCCUAGUUUACAAACGAGUUUCAUCCCUAAACCAGUCUUUAAAGAAAAUGUGUGCUUAUUUACAGGUUGGAAAAGCAAAGAUGAUGUUCCCAAAUUAGUGACUGAUUUCAUGGAAAAGAAAUUUGACCUGGAUCAGUUGAUAACCCACAUUUUACCUUUUAAAAAAAUCAACGAAGGAUUUGAACUGCUUUAUUCAGGCCAAAGCAUUCGGACCAUCCUGACAUUUUAA